AAAUUGUUCAAGCAACAAAAUCAUGUAUCUCAAUAAUGACAACAAUUUUACAAAACAAUGUGAGCUUCUAGAAAAAGUUGGAAAAGAGACGUGUAUACUACCGCAGCUUUCUUGUUGUUCAAUUAUAAUGGAUCCCUUCGGUUUGUCGAUAUAGGGUCAAAUGUGCAAUACUUGGAUUACAUCCACAUUAUGAGGACCAAUUCGCAUGAUCUAGGAUUAACCGUUGAUCUGGCGUGUCCGCAUACGUCAGACCUCUUCGAUGUCAUGUCUAGUAAUCACUUUUUCAAUGCCUCAUACGAGUGGUUAAUGUUUGAACACACAUCGCUUCAACAUGCGAAGGAUCAACUGUGUCAUCGAAAUCUUAACGUUGACUCACGUGUGACUUUAGCCGUGGAUAACAACCAACGAGAACGCAUACCUUACCUGGACUAUUCCGUGGUAGUCGGAACGCAUGUUAUCAUGAUUGUCUUUCGUCAUCCGAAACGUAAUGCUGGCCAGAAUGCUUUUCUGCAACCUUUCGACCCGAACUUAUGGUUUACAAUACUUGCGACAGUGGCCGUUUCAUCGGUAAUCCUUGGUGGGGCUUUUAGACUGGAAUCGAAAUUAGCCAAAACAUCUAGGGAAUAUUUUCUCACCAUCUUCGGAUUCAUAUGUCAGCAAGGUUACGAUGGUACAACAUCGAUGAUUUCUACGAGACUGAUCACUUUUGCUAUGCUCCUAUUUUCAUCAUUGAUGUAUCAGUUCUAUUCAACGUUCAUUAUUGGAUCCCUUUUGGCGCCACCCCCGAAGUACUUGAAAACGGCUCGUCAACUUAUCGAUAGUAACAUUCAAGUCACAAUGGAGAAUUUGUUUUAUAAUUGGGAUUUUUAUAAUAGAACCAAGGAUCCGGCUGCUAUCGAAAUGUUUACCAGGAAAAUUAUGCGAAGUACGGAGAAACCUACGAACAUCACUCACGGACUGGAAUUAAUAAGAAAAGGUGGUUACGCGAUCCAAUGCGAUACUGGGUACACGUAUCCUAUCAUAAAAGACACUUUCACGGAUGACGAGAUAUGCGAUCUGCAGGAGAUUCUUAUAUCACCUCACCGACCUUUACACAUCCCACUAGAAAAGGGAUCCCCACUGAAGCAGUAUUUUCGGGUUACGUUGCGAAAGCUAAUCGAGAGUGGUUCCGGAGGGUACUAUAAUCGAGAGUACUUCAGUCAAAAACCACUGUGCCCGAACGAUGCUUUGAAAACCAUGCAGAUCGAUAUUCAACAAGUGGCUAGUAGUUUUGCUUUCUUGGCUCUGGCAAUGGUGGUCAGUUUGAUGUUGGUAGUUCUCGAACGGAUCCCCUUCCGUUUUUGGAGUCAGAAGAAUUUGUGGGAGUUUGUGAACUAAUUAUUUUCAUUUUUAAAUUGCUGAUCUACUGGAUAAGUAUAUGUGAUUU